AUGAUUGCCUCUUUAAGAUUUUAGAUAUCAUCUUUUUAUCUCAUUAAUUUGAUGAUCAUUAUAAAAGAGAGCAUUGGAUCAUAAUAUGGAUUGAAACUUCUUAUCAUUUUAUCUUGUUUAUUCAUCUUAUAAAUCUUGUCAUUAUCAUCAUUUCUAAUCCUUUAUUAUAAGAUUCUAUUGGAAGAAUAAAAUACUUUUCAAAAGAUUUUGAAUUAUUGUUUAAAAAAUUCCAAAUCUAUAGUUGUUCAUGCAGUUUCAACAUCAAAUAGCCAUAUUUAAAAUCUUCUUAAUCAUUUGAUGAACUAUUAUUCAGAAUUCUGA